AUGGGCCAGCUGAACUCUCUAGUUUCCCUCAACAUACAACGAACUGAUGAUGGUAUCAGAAGACGCAUCGUGGAUGGGCAAGGUGCAGGACAGUAUGCUGUCCGCUUAUCCAACAUCUCGAACUUGCGCACCAGGAGAAAUCUUACCUUGCAAUGUCAACCUUGUCCUCCAGGAAUGUACAAGGACAUGCAUGGAGAGUACAACUGUACCAUGUGCGCCACGACUCCAUGUGAGAUCGGACAGUGCAGGCCACAAUGCAACUCCACGGCUGAUAGCGUCUGUGCCAACUGCACGAACAAGCUGGAAGGACCCACAGUCUACGUCUCGUCGGGAUAUCCUUAUGAUCAGAACGACUGUGCCUGGGACGGCAAUGCCGGACUCAUGUUGUCCAUGGACAGCGCACGCGCCAUCUCUUGGGUGUAA